AUGACGAGGCUCUGCGCUACUACAAAACACAUCGGACAUUCGAGGCAUUAUAAAAGAGCGUCCUUUGCAGCAGCAGAAUACCACCCGUCGAAGGGUGGUUUCCAUCUGUUGCUGAAGUCGUCUGAUUCAACGAAAACUCCUCGUAGUCGUUUUCAGCUAGCCAGGUGGAAUACAGACCGAGUGCGCGGUGAUGUAGCCCUCUCCACACAUUAAGCUGCGGUACAACAGAGGAUAAAGACAGACGCUGCUCAUUGGGAGCACAGUUCUACAUUCGACCAAGGGGCACUCCCCCAAGAUACUUUCGGACCCUGCCCAUUAGAGCUCAUUGUCCGUAUUUGUAUCCAUUGGAACAAACUAUCUUGGCAAAAAUGUCUCUCUGCCCUCCGGUAGGGUCCGCUGCUUGUGGAGUCCACGAGACCCUCCCGUGGAUUCGUU